AUGCGUCCAGGAGUAUUACUAGCACAACUGGCUUUCGCCUCAUCGGCCAAUGCCUUCUUUCCUUAUGCCCCGGAUUGGCGAGUCGACGUUGGACAACAGAGUGUGGGGCGAAGGUCCAAGAGCAUUGGAAAUGGUGGUGGUGUUCGCAUGGGUAUUAAGCAGAGAGCUCCCAAGUCCAGCCAACCGAUAUCAGAGAGAGCAGCCAUCGAAGCAGCACGAUUAAUCGCCAAGUAUACAGGAGGAACUGUCCCAGAAACCAGUGUGCUAGCAAAGCGCGACAAUGAGUACAAUGUCAUGGAGGCGACAAAAUCGACAAAGAAACACACACAGGGUGUUAACCAAGACGGCACUGAUUAUUCGUACUUUAUCGAAGUGGGAGUUGGAUCAGAAAAGAAGCCCAUGUAUAUGCUUAUCGACACUGGUGCUGGCUCAAGUUGGGUUAUGGGCACUUCUUGUACCAGCAAAGCCUGUUCGAUGCACAACACAUUCGGCGCCGACGACUCAGACACACUCGAGGAGACAGACAAAUCUUUCAGCAUCGCAUACGGUUCAGGAAAGGUUGCUGGUAAUUGGGCAACUGACACACUCACCGUGGCCGGCAUGGAUAUCACCUACCAGUUUGGACUGACACAUACAACAUCGGAUCAGUUUCUCGAUUUCGCCUUUGACGGCAUUCUUGGCCUUGCGAUAAACAAGGGAUCCAGCGGAAGCUUUCUCAACGCCUUGUCCGAGUCUAAAGAAGUUGACAAGAACAUGUUUGCUGUCGCUCUAAACCGUGCUGCUGACGGUACCAACGAAGGCGAGAUCAGCUUUGGCUCACCGAACCCUGAUAAGUACAUCGGCGAAAUUUCCUACACAUCUCUAGGCAAAGAGAACGACUGGGCUAUCGAGAUGGACGACAUGGGAUAUAACGGCGAGCAAGCAGGUGUUGGAGGCUUGCGCAGCUUCAUCGACACUGGAACUUCUUUCAUGUUUGGUUCGCCAGCCAAUGUCAAGAAGGUCCAUGCUCUUAUCGACGGAGCUGAGAGUAAGGAUGGUACCACAUAUCAUGUCCCCUGCGACAGUAAGGGCAACAUGACCAUCAAGUUCUCUGGAGUCGACCAUGUUAUUUCACCAAAGGACUGGGUUUCCCCUCCCGACAAGGAUGGAAAGUGCACCAGCAACUUGUACGGAUUUGAAGUCGUCAAAGGUGCUUGGCUGCUCGGUGAUACCUUUAUCAAGAACGUCUACACUGUCUUCGAUGCAGACGAGCGACGAAUUGGGUUUGCUACCAAUGUGAUUACCAGUGGCUCUGAAGACUCCGACGACUCUGAAGAAGAAACCACUUCCCUGACCAAGACCUCCAACAAGCCAACUCAGACGUCUGAUACCAGCGAAGAAACCGGCAUCACCACCAACACUGUAUCAACUGCGACCGCAGUGCCGGAUAUGGGCCUAGGCAAAGAAUCAGUCUCGUCUGGCACUGCCACCGCCGAAACAAGCCAGGCGAGCGAGACACAAGACUCAUCGGCACCCUCAGGGCUACUAUCACAAGCCCGUUUCACAUUCAUUUUCUGUAUAGUACCAUUUUUCGCCCUCCUGGCUUAG